CAAAACUGCGACUUUGUACAAACGAGUCCUUUGGUUAAAGCAUACAAAUAUCCAGCAUUAACUCAUAAUUGCAGUGAAAUCGGCUUUUGGGGUGUCUGGUCCUUGGUGUAUGGCUAGGAAAAAGUAGAUGAGGUUAGGGUUAGGGCUUUGAGCAUUUUUGGAAGUUGAAUGGUGUGUUGUUUUUACACAGUAUGAGGGUUACUGCACAGCAUUGGGCAAAUUACUGUGACAAUCGGUCUUGUUGGUUGACAUAACAUAUCAUAGCAUAACAUAACAAGCACAUGUUCAAAUUGACCCUUUUUUAUUCACUAAUAUGUACCAACAUCAGUUCAGUUUAGUUACGAGUGCCAAUAGCUUGAUAAAUGUCCCCGAAACACGUUGCGUUUCUUCUAGGCGUCUGAUAAAACACAAAAGGUGGCAUAGGCCUGUAAUGUUUCUUAUGAUCCACCUCUCUCAUGAACCUGUCUGUUAUUCCGUUGUCGACAAACGACAGUAUUAGAGUUGCAUUAGCCAGAAUCCAAUAGACCCGUUCAUUCCUCGCGACAAAGGUUUUGAGUUCAUCUCUCCACAGUUGUAUGUCAUAAUAGUCUAUCACAAGUAUCAAGAAUCUAGUAUCAUAUUUCGACAAAGCUGUCUCGUAAUUCACAACGGGAUUCGACAAGUCCGUAAUGAACAGCACAUGUUGAUGUUCGAUGUCGUCGUCUGAAAGAAAUCCAUACAGUUGUUCUUCCAGAUAACUCUGGUGACAUCUGCUGAGCAACAAUGUAUGCUCUGUCUCGUUGUAAUUCUUAUUUUCGUCAUCUUCGUUUCUUAAUAGCAUAUCCAGAGUUCGAGAUCUCUGUCUCAGUGUUUCAAUGCUAACAAUGUUCACUUUCAUCUCGCCAAAUUGUUGAGAAGAAUUAUUUUGCAUCUUGACAGUUUGAGAGCUGAAGAUAUAAUGAAGCUCAAGUGCCGAUUUCCCCGAUACUGUACCGAAAAAUAACUUUUUCAAUCCAUCUGCUUUCUGAUUGGUCAAUACAAAGUAGGCGUGGUUUAAGCAAACCGUUCUGAUUGGUCGAAACAAUUUUCGCUAGAGGGAGUGUGUGGAUAUGCAUUCUUAGUGUCAUUCUGUAUCAGAACGAUGAACAGUGCGGUCGCAGAUUUACUGAGCUCACUCAUGACAGAGAGCCGUCGACAAGCAAUGGAAACGUUUGUCUUAUACAAGCGAAGAGGCUUAGUGAGAAGAGCUCAAAACUUAAUCGAAAACAUAGAUAACGUGGUAACUUGCGUCAACAUGGAUCGCGGACGAUACCCUUCCUUAUUCAAGAGUAGCAUGUCGGCACUAUCGAAACUGAACUUGUGGGAAAACGAAAUCAGAGAGGCGACGAACGAAACAGAUAUGUCGGACGUAAUAGCUGCUGCGAGAUUUCUUUUGGAGAAUCAAGGCUUGCUGAGGGAUGAAAUUGACAAUAUGGACAAAGCGAAGAAACAGAUCACACUAACAGACACCAUCGUCAUAAGCGAUGAGGACAAUGACGAGUUGCCAGACAUCAUCAGUCCGACCAUGAGUACGAAAUCAAAAAGUCCGAUACACAAGCUAAAACCUUAUACGAGGCCUUCAUCAACGUUGACCGAAACGGCUUGGGAAAAGAGGGAACAUGAGCUACUGUUGGCUCAUCAGAGAGCACUGUCUAAAGCAAAGCAAGAGGCAAGGGACGAACUGAUGCUAUGCAUCAUAUGCUUGUCUGCACAAAAAGAUCAUACAUUAGUGCCUUGCGGUCACACAUUUUGCGAAGACUGCGUCGAUCAGAUAAAAGCAAAGGGCAAGUGCUGCUUUUGUAAUGCCAAAAUAAGAUCGAGCGUUAAAGUGAGACUAACCGAUUGAUACUUUUGCUUUGUUGUGAUGAAAGAUGAUGAUACAUUGGAAAUAAAAUGUUCAGAACAGUGCCGUGUCUUACUUUGUCAUAUAGUAAUGCAAACAUAGCAAUCCCACUUAGGUUAGAAAGAUUUUGAAACAAUGUCCUAAUCCAGACUCGGUAUGUCAUCAUGUUUCUGUACAAGUGUACAAAGAACACUGUCACGAAUCCUUAUGAUUAAACUUUUUCAUUAUAGAUACGUUCACGCCUUGAGAAAUAUAAUAGGCAUAUGUCAACUCAUACUGGAGAAAACGUUGCAUGAAUAAUGAGCCUUGUAUGUGUUAUAUCAAUUUCUGUCGUGGUAAGAAAAACAAGCCAGUUUGCUAAUCACCUAAAAAAGCAGUGAUUUCUUUGUUUUUAAGUUUGUGCCAAUUUCAAAGCAAAAUAGAUGGUCUAAACUAGGCAUCAGGGGUCUUCGGCAUGUGAAAAUAUCGUGUCCGAUUCUCUAGUAUGAAUUGACAUUUCGUUUUUCAACAUUAAGCUAAUCAGACAUCGGCCUGAGGUACAAGCCGACGUAUUCGUUCAGCAUUGCAAUUUCACACUUAGAAAAAUGUACAGUACCAAAUUUCUAUGGCUCUGCAUUUAACGGG